UGGCUGCGGUGGGAGCAGGCGGCUCUGCCGGCGGCGGUUACCCAGGGUUUCCGGUGCGAGGCCAGAGCUGGGAAGCCGUCGGACGUCGGCGGUGAGGCUGCGAAGAAUUUCGAAGUCUGGAAAAUAGCAACAGUGUUUGUUUCUCAAGGAUCGGCUCCUAAGCCAGCAUUGCAAAUCACAAUGAAGAACCAAGACAAAAAGAAUGGGGCUGCCAAACAAUCCAACCCAAAAAGCAACCCGGCACAACCGGAAGCAGGACCCGAGGGAGCACAGGGGCGGCCCAGCCAGGCGGCUCCUGCGACAGAAGCUGAAGGUUCCAGCAGCCAGGCUCCUGGGAAGACGGAGGUGGCUCAAGCCAAAACUGCUCAGUCGGGGGCCCUUCGUGAUGUCUCUGAGGAGCUGAGCCGCCAGUUGGAAGACAUACUGAGUACAUACUGUGUGGACAACAGUCAGGGGGGCCCAGAUGAUGAUGGGGCGCAAGGUGAGCCCACUGAACCUGAAGAUGCAGAGAAGCCCCGGACUUAUGUGGCAAGGAAUGGGGAGCCUGAGCCAGGGACUCCAGUAGUAAAUGGAGAGAAGGAGACCUCCAAGGGAGAGCCAGGCACAGAAGAGAUCCGGGCGAGUGAUGAGGUCGGGGACCGAGACCAUCGAAGGCCACAGGAGAAGAAGAAAGCCAAAGGUCUAGGGAAGGAGAUCACAUUGCUGAUGCAGACAUUGAACACGCUGAGUACCCCAGAGGAGAAGCUGGCAGCUCUGUGCAAGAAGUAUGCUGAACUGCUGGAGGAGCAUCGAAACUCACAGAAGCAGAUGAAGCUCCUGCAGAAAAAGCAGAGCCAGCUGGUGCAGGAGAAGGACCACCUCCGUGGCGAGCACAGCAAGGCCGUCCUGGCCCGCAGCAAGCUGGAGAGCCUAUGCCGUGAGCUGCAGCGGCACAACCGCUCCCUCAAGGAAGAAGGUGUGCAGCGGGCCAGGGAGGAGGAAGAGAAGCGCAAGGAGGUGACCUCGCACUUCCAGGUGACCCUGAAUGAUAUUCAGCUACAGAUGGAACAGCACAAUGAGCGCAACUCCAAGCUGCGCCAGGAGAACAUGGAGCUGGCCGAGAGGCUCAAGAAGCUGAUUGAGCAGUAUGAGCUUCGAGAGGAGCACAUCGACAAAGUCUUCAAACACAAGGACCUGCAGCAGCAGCUGGUGGACGCCAAGCUCCAGCAGGCCCAGGAGAUGCUGAAGGAGGCAGAGGAGCGGCACCAGCGGGAGAAGGAUUUUCUCCUGAAAGAGGCAGUGGAGUCCCAGAGGAUGUGUGAGCUGAUGAAGCAGCAAGAGACCCACCUGAAGCAGCAGCUUGCCCUGUACACAGAGAAGUUUGAGGAGUUCCAGAACACACUUUCCAAAAGCAGCGAGGUGUUCACCACAUUCAAGCAGGAGAUGGAAAAGAUGACUAAGAAGAUCAAGAAGCUGGAGAAAGAAACCACCAUGUACCGGUCCCGGUGGGAGAGCAGCAACAAGGCCCUGCUUGAGAUGGCGGAGGAGAAAACACUCCGGGACAAAGAGCUGGAGGGCCUGCAGGUGAAAAUCCAGCGGCUGGAGAAGCUGUGCCGGGCGUUGCAGACAGAGCGCAACGACCUGAACAAGAGGGUACAGGACCUGAGUGCUGGUGGCCAGGGCCCUCUCACUGACAGUGGCCCUGAGCGGAGGCCAGAGGGGCCCGGGGCUCAAGCACCCAGCUCCCCCAGAGUCACAGAAGCAUCUUGCUGCCCAGGAGCACCGAGCACAGAAGCAUCGGGCCAGACGGGGCUCCAGGAGCCCACCUCCGCCACAGCCUAGAGAACCCAGUGCUGGGGCAUGCUGGGAAGGGAGCAGGCAGCCCAGCCAGGCCUGGCCCAAUCGAGGCUCCCAUGCUGAGCAGUCCAGCACUGAGGCCAGGGUGCUCUGACCUGGCUGGCAUCUGACACUUGCAAUUUUGGAUUUUGUGGGUCAGUUUUCCAUAUAUAUGGCAUUGUGCAAGGCCUCAUACAUUUAUAUCUGUAAGUGUACAGUGGGCUUGCAUUGGGGGUGGGGGUGUGUACAGAUGAACUCAGUGGCUCCUCUGCGAGCUGAAGAGUCUUAAGAGGAGUUGUCAUCUGUAGCUGCCAUCACAGUGAUGUGGCAGGACAAGUGACUCAAGCAUUUCUCUGCCUGAUAAGAGGCUCAGAGCCCUCCCAGCCCUUCAGAGCUCAUGACAAGUGACAUACCCAGGUCUUGACUGCAUUUCUCUUGUGAGCAGGGCUUGGGCAGCUCGGGCUCUCCUAGCUCCCCCAGAGGCUCCUUUGCUUCUCUUGACCUGGAAAAGGUAUCCCGUCCCCAGGUGGAUCCUUGGCAGGGCACUGGGAGCUGGCGAUCAAGCUGCUUUCCUGCCUAGGACAAGGGACCUGGAGAAUGUUUCUGUGUGGGAUUAUGCGCUGGCUGGGAGCCCCUCAGGCACCGCUUCCCCGCCCUCUGGUAGUGCCAGGACCAGGCCAUGAUGCUUCUCAGUAGCCUUAUCAUUCACAGGUGCCUCUCUAGCUGCACAAAUGAUUGACAAGAGAUCACCCAAAGGAUUCUUUCUGAAGGUUUUUUUGUUGUUGUUUUUGCACAUGACAGUGUUUGCUUUGAAGAUCUUCGGAGGAAGAAAGAGGGGAGGAGUGCUGUAGCGGUGGUGCCUGGGAACCUGUCCUCCAGUGUCCCACCCGCUCACACCAUGCUUGGCUGCUUUGCCAUCUUAGUGCCGAGGUUUCUUGUUUGGUGAGAUCAGGUUGGUUGCUGUAAGAGAAAGGAAAGGGUUUCCAAUGCCUCUGCCAUAACCUUGCAUGUGGGUUUCAGUCCUGGGGAGGCCCAGCUGCCCCUUGGCUUCUUGGUUGGUUUCUGCUCCCUUAUCCCACUCCUCGCAAAUGCGCAUUCCUCGAGGUUUGCCCUGAUUCUGUUUCCUGGCACCUCUUUGCCCAAGGAAUAACAGCCCUUGAGAUUUCCAUCUUCUGUGCAGGAACCACCUAGCUAUUAUCUGACAGGUCAGGAAUGAAACUGAACAAUUGACUAGGGCCCCAGACGUACGUCCAUAAAGUGGUUGCAGACAGCUGUCCCCCUUCAGCAGUACGUACUACUAUGCACUGUGUGUAGCUGCUCUACAUGCUGAAAGUCCUACUAGUUGCAUACUUGCCGGGGUAUUCGCCAGUCUUUGUAUAGAACGGUUUUCUAGGACAACAGAAUGAGCCUUGGAUGAGGAGGCAGGGCUCUGCUGGGCUGGAAGUACAGCACCCCAUCUCCAGCUGAGCGAGCCACCGACCAAGAUGGAUAAGGUGGUUGGGGUUUUGCUUCUUGCUGUAUUUCUUUGGAGCUAGUGUGCUGGCCUGCAGGUCCCUUCAUCUUCCGCACCUCAUCCACUGGUUCAGCCCGUAACUUAAAUCCCUCAGAUAAAUAGGUUCGUGACGAAUGUUGAGUGCUCCUGAUCAUGUUGCGACUUAGACCAGAGAUGGCAAAUGGACAGCAUACCGUCUCUCCCCCUGCCCCACGGCAGGCACCACUAGUCUGCUUCGGUGCUCCUGCUAAGCCCUGCUACCUCCUCACUCCACGUGGAGGUGCGUUCACGUGGCAGUAUGAGUGUGGUGGCCUAUUUCCCAUCCCUGGCUGCGGUGCUGCUCCUGUGGAGAACUGUUUCCCAAGAUCUUGUUCGUCCUGUCUGAAUCCCUGUGUUUGGAAUGGUCCUUGCCUCUUCUGGCUCCAGUAAGGCCUUCCCCCUCCACCAGCCCCUGUGCCAGGUGAGGUGCAAAAGCUGCCAACCCCCAGGAGUGUUGCUAGGUUGAGGGAGGUGCAGGGAGGAGGCACAAGCAUCUGCCUGUCCCCUUGGAGAGAGCAGGAAGGGCCACAGUGAGUGGCCCACACAACUGCUUCCCUCGCCAUCAGCUACCUCUUAAAGGCCGCAGGGCUUGGGGCUGUUGGAGCCCAGUGCGGUGGUACAGGGAGCAGGUGGGCCCCAGGCAGGUAGAAGCUUUGCUCAGCUCCACCCAUUUCUAGGCAUUCAGGCCGGUCUAUAGUUGGGGAGUCAUUUCUUCCUCCUUCCUGUCCAUUGACCAAAUCUUAACCAGUCACUAUUAGCUGCUCUGCUUUCCAAAGUCAGCCCAGUCCUGGGCCAGAUGCAGGGGAAGCGGCCUGUCCGUGAGUGAAGGCCAGUGCCUCCCCCUUCCCCCCUCCCCCAGCAGGUCCCACACUCGUGACCUCAGUUUUAGGACCAAGAGCUGUGUUGGUUGCUCCAGUUGCUAGCUUUUCCUCCAGGGGACCACAGCAGGUGAAGCUCAGAGCCCACGGCUCUGCGAACAGUAACUUGUGUUUAGGACCUUGUCCAGCUGAGAGCUUCAUGUGCACCAGAUUCCAAGAGGUGUCAGCAGCACUUUUUUGUUGUUUGUUUUCCGUGAGGUUUUUGGACCAUGGGCUGAGCUCAGGCACUUUCUGUAGGAGAAUGUUAUUUCUGUAAAGAUGGUUAUUUAACCCUCCCCUACCCUGUCGCAGCAGCCCUGCUGAGGGCUGACCCAGAGGCCAGGGGAGCUGCCUGGUGUCCACGGGGGAGGGCCGAGGCUUGCUGAGCUGAUUGUCCAGCUGCUGCCACAGCCUUCCCACCUUGCACAGCACAGAAGUGGCCACCCCAGGGACAGCAGGCACCUACCUGCUCCUCUUGCCCUUCCUGGGGGAGGGGACUGCCUUCUGUCCCUGCAACUGCUUUCCCUAUGGCCCAUUCUGGCCACUCAGACUUGUUUGAAGCUGUGCUGACAGCAUUUUUGUCUCCUUUUGGUAUUCACAACAGCCAGGGACUUGAUUUUGAUGUAUUUUAAAUCACAUAAAAUAAAAGAGUCUGUUGCCUUA